UCAUUAGCGAACGAGGCCUACUUUAAAUGACGAUUACGCCCUCUCCGCCCCACCCAUCGACUUGCAAAAUCCGUAUUAUUCUUUUCCUCGCUCUGUGUCGCAGGCGACCCUCGCUGCCAUAUCUCAGAACUCAGAUUCAACGCCAGGCGCUUCACGUCCUCGACGCUUCUCUCUUUUGUUGAAAUCGCUGGUAAAAUCGGGCUAAAUCCCAACUCAUUUCAGGAAUCAAGAAUCUCCGAUUAGCCCUACGUUUUUCCGGCACUCUUCUUUCAGUGCAUGUGAAAAACCUCCUCCUUUGGCUUCCGCAUGAGGUUGGUUAAUUUUUAGGGCUUUUGAAAUGGGAAGUACUGGAGAGCCGGACAGGAAGCGGCGUCACUUCAGUUCCAUCUCGCCUACGGCUGGUGCUGCGGCUAAGAAGCACCUGCUGUCCCCCUGCACGGAUGAUAAGAAGCUUGAUGUUGCUGUUCUUCAAUUUCAAAAUCAGAAGCUUUUUCAGCAGCUGGAAGCUCAAAAAGUUGAGUACUUUGUUCUUGAUGACAAGUACAAUAUGCUGAAAAAGCAGCAUCAGAUUUAUGAAGAUUCAAUAGUAGUAGUUAAUAAAUCUUGGGAACAGCUGGUUAAUGAUUUGGAAUUGCACUCCAUUUGCACAAGUGAAUCUGCAAGUUCUAAACAUUAUUUGCAAGAUUCCUGCAUGUUGGAAGAUGGAGCAUCCUUCCCCAUACAGGAUGAUUUCUUGAGCAGACUAUUGGAAGCUGAUCCAACAGAAAGUUGCUCAUAUAAUGUGUUUGAGGAUCCACAGGAUUGUGCACAAAUGGCAAGUGAAAUGACAAAAUCUAUAUUGCAGAAUAUAAUAUCUUCUAUUAAUUGGAUGUGGCAUCUAAUUGAUGAUGUUGCUUCUGCACUUCAAGCUACUGUUUUGGAAAAUGAUCCAGGAUUGCAAUUGCCAAAAUCUGUUGAUGCAUUAAGGAUUGAAACUAAGAACCUGAUAAUGGCAGUAAAUGACUUGCAUUGGAAGCAUAGACACUUAGCAAGUCAGAUCCAAAACAAUAGAAACGUGGAUGCCAAAUUUAAAGCAGAAAAGAAACGUUUAGAAGGUGCAUUAGCCAGUACUGUCUUAGAAUUGAAAGACAGUAACUCAAAAUUGGCCAAUCUUAAGGCACAAGGAGAUGGAUCAAAAGGUGCACCAAUUAUUUUUCCAAUUUUAGGAAAUAAAGUAGCUAGUGGAGACACGGCCAGAGAUACAAACAAAGAAAUGCAUGACAUGGAGUCUUUACAUAAGGAAUUACAAGAUUUAGUUUCAAGUAAGAUGGGCGAAAUCAGAAAUCUAUAUGAGUCAAGAAUAGAAAUGUUAAGGAAGCUGGUGAAUUUGCAGAACGCUUUGUUGGAUUUCAAGAGUAUCUCUUCUUCCAAAUUUUUUGUGAUGCUUAAAGAACAACUGGAUAAAUCAACAGCAGAAAUGGAUAACGCUCGAAUUUCUUUGGAGAAAUUGCAGGUAGAAAGGGAAAAUUUCAUUUGGCAUGAAAGGGAAGUUACAAUGAAAAGUGAUUUAGCUGAUGUAACUGGAAAGAUUUCUGAAUUGUCAGAAUUGCGAAUAGCUGAAUUAGAACAAGAGUCACAGAAUAAUAUUAAAGCUCAGAAUCUAUUGGAAGCAAAGCUUGAAGAGGCUUUGAGAGAACCUGGCAGGAAAAAUAUCAUUGCAGAGUUCAAAGAACUUGUAUCCUCCUUUUCCAAAGAGAUGGGAACUAUGCAAAAUGAACUUAGCAACUCAAAGGUGUCUACUUCUGAAAUCCAUCGUCUAAGGGCUCAAAAGCAGUCUUUGUCUGGCAUAUUAGGACGGGAGGUUAGGGAGUUGCAGUCCUUGACUGAUAAAUCUGUUGGCCAGCUUUCUGAGAUUGAAAGAUUGCAUUUGGUGGUUGGAGAUUUAAGAGAGAGCGAACAAGAGUUGAAGCUUAUUCUGGAGAUGUAUCGUCGUGAAUCAACAGAUUUUAGGGAUAUUUUGGAGUCUCGUGAUCAGGAAUACAAGGCAUGGGCUCAUGUUCAAAGCCUUAAUUCUUCCCUUGAUGAGCAUAGUUUGGAAGGCCGUGUAAAAACUGCUAUUGAAGCUGAAGCAUUAUCUCAACAAAGACUUGCCACUGCUGAGGCUGAGAUUGCUGAUUUAAGGCAGAAAUUGGAAUUUUCUAUGAGGGAUGUAACCAAGUCAUCCGAAAAGUUGAACUCCAAGCAUGAGGAGGGUGAAGCCUAUCUUUCUGAGAUCGAGAGUAUUGGACAAGCAUAUGAGGAUAUGCAAACCCAGAAUCAGCUUCUCUUGCAGCAAAUCACGGAAAGGGAUGAAUACAACAUUAAGCUUGUAAUGGAGGGCGUGAAAGCAAGACAGAUGCAUGCUGAAGUUUUAAGCGACGUAAAAUCCAUAGAAAAAAAACUUCAGGAAGGCAAUUCAUUGGUGGAGCUUUAUGACCUUAAAAAUGCACGAUUUGAUGAGCAGUUGAGAGUUAAAUCAGAUCAAGUUGCAAAACUGGUUGAAGAUGGGUGGCAAAGUUCUAUUGCACUGGGUAAUGCACAAAGGAAACUAGCUGAUGUGCAGAAAGAAUCUGAGUCGUUGCGGCAGUCUAUGAAAGAAAUACAAAUGCAGGCCAUGAAUAGCAGAUCGGAGAUCACAGAGCUUUUAAUCGAACUAGAGAGGGAGAGGUUCAACAAGAAGAGAAUAGAUGAGGAACUAGAAACAAUGACAAUAAAAGCUGCAGCACUUAGGCAGCAAACUGAUGGCUCAGUCUUAUUGGAAAAGCUUCACCAAGAGAUAAGAGAAUACAAAGGGAUUCUCAAGUGUCGUAUUUGUCAUGAUCGUCAGAAAGAGGUUGUGAUUGCAAAAUGCUACCAUUUAUUCUGUAGCCAAUGCGUCCAGAAAACUAUUGAAAGUCGUCAUCGGAAGUGCCCGACCUGUUCAGUAAGCUUCGGGCUAAAUGAUGUUAAACCCAUUUAUAUAUGAUAGCAGGUUUUAGGGGGCUUGGUUGCUGCAACAUUUGUGCUGACACCAUAGGAACGGGGGAAGCCUAAUGAUUGGCGUGCAGUAGGCUUAUUACAUCGUCGCUGCAAAAUCUUUCCUUCCAAAGCAUGGAGGAAAUUACUGGCAUGAAUUUGGGCAGGCCUUCAUGUCCAGCCUGAGCUGCCGGUCAUCCAUGGCUUUCUCUAAGAGUUUGAAAUGUCAAAGUUUAGCAGCAUGGAGCUGUUGUUGUCACAUCCUCAUUAUCCUGUUUGAAAUGGUGGUCAGUCUCUCUCUACAUUCUAUUAAUCCGUUCUACUGGGUGGCUGUAUAGAAGCUCUCAUAUGUUGGCUGGCUGCAAUUUUAAUAAGACCAAUGUAGCUACGGAUGAGUUUCUUUAUUUGUAUAUUUUAUACCUUUUUUCUUCAUUUUUUUUUUUUUUGCAUA